AUGAAUUCCGACGCAAAGGAUCGUUCGCCUGCUCCCUCGGGGGAUCGCAACGGAAGUGAGGAUGUCGAAGAUGCUGAACACCAUCGAUCAACGCAUAAUCCCACCAAUGGAGACGGCGCCGGACCCGCGGAGAAUGGUCAGAAGCCGUCGUCCAACGCCAAGGACCCAUCGAGGCCGCGCAGGAAGAAGGCGAGACGGGCUUGUUUUGCCUGUCAGCGUGCGCAUUUGACUUGCGGUGACGAGAGACCGUGUCAACGAUGUAUCAAACGAGGCCUCCAAGAUCAAUGUCACGACGGCGUGCGCAAGAAAGCCAAAUACCUUCACGAUGCGCCCGAGGGAGCGUUAAUGCCUGGUGUCGGUGGGAAUUUUUACAACCCGCCUCCGAUGCGAACCAACAGCUUGUCUAUAUCCAGAAACGGUGCAACCACUGCCAAUGGGGUCAACGCGCCUCCGUCCCAGCCGUCCGGUCCCAAUUUCUAUCCCAAUCCUCAGUCCAAUUCCUACAAUGUCUACCAGGAGAAUACAAUGAAUCAGAACCCAUUCGCGACACAGUCGCCAGUGUCGCCAACCUUCAGCCUGAAGACCAGUCCCGUUGGUCAAAAUCCCACGUUAUCCUCCGCUAGCCAACCGCAGACGAAUCCAGCCGUGUCUGUGACGAACACCAACCAGGGCCAAAACCCCGUUGGAGGACCCUUCUUCGACCCUAGCGAUCCGGCUCUUUUCAACUUUGACCUUUCCAGUAUGAACUUCGAAAAUCGCUAUGGUGCUUUGGAAUUCAGCAUGUUAGGACACAUGGCUACCGGAGCCGGCGACUCGCCUAGCGAUUCAGCAACACAACGAGGAUCCAUGGGGCGAAGCGGUUCGGCUCAGUUCUCGACCACGCCUAUUACCGGAGGUGCAGGGUUUGGGGAAAGCCCGGGGAGUCAGCAGCAACCGUUUAUGUUUGGCGAUCCGCUGCUUAAUGACUGGUCUGGUGGUCAGGCUCCAGGCGCAGUGAAUGUGGGCGGGGUUUACGUUCCCGGUCACUUGGGCAAACCGGAUGCACCGCAUGCAUUUGCGAUCGAAAGUGGUCCUAAUUUCGCCAGCCCAAGUGCAACCGCGAGUCCGCAUGGACCGACCAACCUCGACGAUAAUAGUAAUAAUAAUAACAUCAACAAGAACCUCGCAAUCGGCAAAUCAAACGGCCUACAACGGCCCACGAUCUCGACACCGAGUCUGAAGCAGCAGAGCUUGCAUAUGGGAGGAGUCAAGCGGCGGCAGCGGAAUCCGUCAUCCAUCUACGAAAGCGUCAAGGAGCCGUAUUCCUACACGAAUGGAUUCCACAGUCUCACAGCGUUCAUUCAACGGCGAUUCUCGCCGCAAAAAACACUACAAAUCGCCAAAUCGCUGGCCUCGAUCCGCCCGUCCUUUAUCGCCACCACCAAGACCUUGAACCGCGAUGAUCUGAUUUUCAUGGAGCGAUGCUUCCAGCGGACACUUUUCGAAUACGAGGAUUUCAUCAACGCCUGCGGAACACCGACUAUCGUUUGUCGACGGACAGGAGAGGUCGCAGCCGUGGGCAAGGAAUUCAGUAUCCUAACUGGGUGGAAAAAAGACGUACUACUGGGCAAAGAACCAAACCUCAACGUCAACACCGGCGGCUCAUCAUCAAACCCACCAUCCGGUCCCUCAUCACGCGGCAGCAGUUACCCGCCACGAGAAACCGGCGGCCCCAGCCGUCCCUCACAGCCCGUCUUCCUCGCUGAACUUCUCGACGAUGAUAGCGUGGUCGAGUUCUACGAUGAUUUCGCCAGGUUGGCCUUUGGUGAUUCUCGUGGAAGUGUCAUGACGACAUGCAAACUCCUCAAGUACAAGACGAAAGAGGACAUGGAGCAGGCGCAGUCAGAUGAUAACCAGCGGUGGAAUAAUCAUCUGCGGAAGGGAGGCAUUGCUGGUGAAGCGGGAAUGAAUCAGUUGGGAUUCAAGGAUGGGAAAGUUGAAUGUGCAUACUGCUGGACAGUUAAGCGGGAUGUGUUUGAUAUCCCUAUGUUGAUUGUGAUGAAUUUCUUACCAUGCAUUUAA